UCAAAAUUAUAUUCACCACAAACACCACCUACAAAGCCCACCGUGUAUUCCUCUCAUUAAACAAAGCCCACCGUGUAUUCCUCUCAUUCUCCCAUCGCAUCCACACCUACUCCACCACUUACAAGUCUCCAAUGCACAACGAAAACCCUAGAACCAUUCUUCCUCACCCCAUCAUAUUCUCAUGCAAUUUCAUCCAACCCAACAAUGUCUUCCCAACCACCAGCAGUCCUCCCGGUAUCCACCACAAAAACCACCCCCACCGAAGACUCCCAACCCCCCGUAGCCACACCCGCGGUCCGAGCAUUCAUCAACCACAUCUCCAACACCGUCCGUUCAGGCCUUUCUGACCGCCGUCCAUGGUCCGAACUCGUCGAUCGCACCACAUUCUCCAAACCCGAAUCCAUCACCGAUGCUACAACACGUAUCCGUAAAAACUAUUCAUACUUUCGUGUCAAUUACUUCACCGUUGUCGCCAUAGUUAUCGGUAUAUCUCUCUUAACGAAUCCGGUCUCUUUGGUUACCCUCUUAGUGCUUCUUUCGGCAUGGAUCUUUCUGUACCUUUUCCGCCCCACCGAUCCGCCGUUGGUGAUUCUUGGAAGAGCCUUUUCUGAACGUGAAACCCUAGGGUUGUUGGUUGUGUUGAGUAUUGUUGUUAUUUUUUUGACGAGUGUUGGAUAUAUUCUGAUGUCUGCGACGUUGGUUGGAACCGGAAUUGUGUGUGCUCAUGGUGCGUUUAGGGCGCCUGAGGAUUUGUUUUUGGAUGAACAAGAACCUGGUGGUGGUUCUUCCGGAUUUCUUUCGUUGUUAGGCGGUGCAGCCUCUAAUGCAGCCGCUUCGGCAGUCCCGGUCAUAGCUCCGACAACUCGUGGUUGAUUGGAGAUAUAGAUACACAUAUAUGGUAUGUAGAUUUUGAAUUUUUUACAUGGUUUUUUUUUUUUUUUGGUUAUUUGUUUUGCAUAUAGAUGAGAACUCCUAAGCUUUGUGAGGAUUUUUGUCUGUAUCGUUUAUGAGAACUGUUGAAGGUUAAUUCGUGCUUCGGUACAAAAGAUGAUAUUCUUGUAAUCAUUUGUUGAUGAUAAAUAGAAUGUAAAAGUUCUUAUUUCUUAA